GAAUGAUACACGUCUCUUUGACCAUGCACAUUAAUAAAUCAUUAACACUGUUAUUGUUUCAUGAGGCCGAAGCCCAUCACAUGAAAAUUCUUGAUCCCUUUCGUGUUAAAAAUUAAACAAAAAUUAGCAUAUAAAAUUUUGUAUAUUUUUUUCGUUACCGUGGAUACGUUCGAAAUUCGUAUAGAUUUGAUUGCAUAUCUGCAUUAUAGAUCAUUGAAAGUAUUUAUGGACUAUAUUGAAGGGAAAAAUCCGGAUUGGAGAGAUAUAUCUCUAGUAAAAUGGGGAAACGCAAGCAUGGUCAAUGAGGAAAAAGGCAAUGGUAAAGGAGACAGGGAGAAAACUCUAGAUAAAAUUUGUGAUCCAAAAGAAUGGUACGGUGAUGGACAGUUUUGGAUAAAACGUCUUUCUUCAAUACCAGUUAAUCGGUUGGAUGUCAUAAAACUGUCUGAAGAACUCGACUUGGUUCUGAAUGAACACUGUAUCAGAGAUACAGGAAUCUGUGAUGUUCGUCAGCAUAUUUAUAAAGAACUAUUCAAUGAAUUAACGCGUCAAAUAACACUAUUCUGUGUUAAGCAAGGAUCCUUACUUGUUCGCAUUAGAGAUGAAAUAUGGAUGAUGCAAGAUUUUUACAAAAAGAUGUAUGAGAACAGCAUAGCAUUCAUAUACAGAAAAACUGUAGAAGUAGUUGAACGCAGGGAUGAAUUGAAAUAUUUACUUCGGAAAUUGAAAGGAAAAAAAGAUAAGAAGAUGAAAGAAAUUAACGAAUUAAAGGAAAUAACAAAGAAAAAAGAAGAAGCUAUGGCAGUCUGUAGGAAAAAUGCAGAAGGCCCUCACCAGGAAGAAAUUCAAAGACUGGAAAACUUGAAGCUCGAUCAAAAAAAACAGUUGCAGAAGCAGCUAGAGGCAGUGGUCACUAUCAAGGCUAAGUAAACAGGAAAUAUCAAAUUGAAGAAAAGGUUUCAUUGAUAUUUUAUGUUAUUUCACAAAAAUAAAUACCAAAUCCGAAUGAAAAUGAAGAUACUAUUAAAAAUACAGUUUUAAUACUUGUCCAUGAAUUAAAAAAAGGAUAUUCCUUAAAUA